AUGCAUUUUUUUCUAAAAACUCUCACCAGCGUGGGCUGAAUUAUUGCAAACUAUUCCUAUAGUCUGCGAAUCGUAGCGGAUUAACACAAGAUUCAAACACACAAUUUCAUAAAUGCGUGCAUACUGUCAUGUUUCAGUUACAGGUUUUGGAGCCAAUGAAAAAAAUACCCUCAUUAAAAAUGUAGCCUAUCAGCGCGCUGGAGGCGGGGCUGCGGACUCUGCGCGGGAAAAUCUAUAAAGCUGAGCGGGAAAACAUUGUCAAGUCUUAUUUCCAUGGCAACGGCGACAUGGCAGAAAUGCUAAAGCGUGUUUUCAGACAUUACAGCGACGCGGAUUACCCCUCUCCUAAUAACAGCAAUAAUAAUAAUAAUAAUAGCAGCAGUGUUGAUCGCGGCAGAAACACGCCGGCCCAUUGCGCUGUGCUCGGGGAGGCUGGCUGCGGUAAGACGGCGUUGCUGUUCCUCUCCGCCGUGAUUGCCGCUUCUGAAUUCGGGGUCCCGGUGCUGUUCCUGUCGCCGAGCCCGAUCCGCACCCUGCCGGCCCCCCUGCAGCGCGCCCGGGCCGGCGUGCACCUCCCGAGCAUGAAGAAAAUCCAAUUCAAGUACCCCAGGACGGCGGUGGAUCUCUUGCGCGACGUGGCUUCCCUCCACGAGAGUGACAAGAAUCUCCCGUCGCUGAUCGUAAUAGACGGGCUGGAUCAGUACCUACACAGCGCGGGAGACCAGCAGAGUCUGCUAGCAGGGCGCCUCUGUGCCCUGCUCGCCGACACUGCCAGCUUUGUGAGCCAGAAGCUAACGUCUGCGCGCAGUGAUGGAGGCAGUGGCAUCGCCCCACAAGACUGCCAGGUGAUAAUCUCGCUCAGUUCAGAGGCUGGCGGGGAGAGCGCAGCA